AAACCCCAGCCCCAAAGUAAAAGUGACACAAGUUCAUUUUUUAAAGGAAGGGGGGGAGGCGAAGGCGCGCGCGGAGGACGCGCUGAGAGCAGAACCUCGGAGCCGGAGGCGCUGUCCUCGGUGCUGACGGGCCCCUGGAGCGGUGCGAGCGCGGCGACAGGACCUCCCUGGCCAGGUGGAGCGUCAUGCGCCGCGGGCCGCCGCCGCCGCUAUCCGCGGUGCUGACGCCGCCAGGUGCGCUCCGUUCCGGCGACUGGUAGCGCGGCUCCGGCCCGCUGCUAUCCGCGGUACUGACCCCGCUGCCCUCAGCGGCUGCUAGCCUGGAGGAAGCGUGCGGUUUGGGUUUGUUUUUUGUUUUUUUUUAAAGCCGUUCUUUAUUUAGAUUCCAACAUCCUCGCAUCUCUUCUGUGCCAAACGGGCGCUCAGGCCGUCCAUCUCCCCCUUUGCUCUCCCCAACUUGGCGCACCCUCCCUCCCAUUCCUCCCCGACACUCCCACCACCCCCCCUCGGCUCGGCAGCUCGGCGCGAUGCUGCAGAAGACGCGCUGAGCCCUUUUGGAUCUAAUGCGCAGAGGAGGUUGGCCCAGAGCUCCCCGGCUCCCCCAAGGCUGAACUCCAUCCAAGGUGCCCGCAGGCUCCCUGCCCGCCUUCCCCAUGCCAGCCCGCAGCUAGGGGCAGGGGCAGCGGCGGCUGGGGUUGGGGGUGGGUGGGGAGCUUUUGGGGAAGACAGGUCGCAGCUUGGCUAUGGAAGGCUCCAAUGGCUUUGGGAUCGACUCCAUUCUCUCCCACCGUGCGGGCAGCCCCGCCCUUCCCAAGGGGGACCCCUUGCUUGGGGACUGCCGCUCGCCCCUGGAGCUGAGUCCGCGCUCGGAGAGCAGCAGCGACUGCUCUUCACCAGCCUCACCAGGAAGGGACUGUCUGGAGACGGGCACCCCGAGGCCUGGCGGGGCAUCAGGCCCAGGUUUGGACUCCCACCUGCAACCUGGGCAGCUCUCGGCCCCAGCCCAGUCGCGCACCGUGACCUCCUCCUUUCUGAUCAGGGACAUCCUUGCCGACUGCAAACCACUAGCGGCCUGUGCACCCUACUCUAGCAGCGGGCAGUCGGCCGCCCCUGAGCCUGGGGGCCGUCUUGUGGCCAAGGCUGGGGAGGACUUUAGAGACAAGCUGGACAAAAGUGGCAGUAACGCCUCGUCGGACUCCGAGUAUAAAGUGAAGGAGGAAGGCGACCGCGAGAUCUCCAGCUCCCGGGACAGCCCCCCGGUGCGCCUGAAGAAGCCCCGCAAAGCGCGCACGGCCUUCACGGACCAUCAGCUGGCGCAGCUGGAGCGCAGUUUCGAGCGGCAGAAGUACCUGAGCGUGCAGGACCGCAUGGAGCUGGCCGCCUCGCUCAACCUCACCGACACGCAGGUCAAGACCUGGUACCAGAACCGGAGGACUAAAUGGAAGCGACAGACGGCAGUCGGGUUGGAGUUGCUGGCGGAGGCAGGCAAUUACUCAGCGCUCCAGCGGAUGUUCCCGUCGCCUUAUUUCUACCCGCAGAGUCUAGUUUCCAACCUGGAUCCCGGCGCCGCACUGUAUCUGUACCGCGGGCCCAGCGCGCCGCCGCCAGCCCUGCAGAGACCUCUGGUGCCCCGCAUCCUCAUCCACGGACUCCAGGGCGCCAGCGAGCCGCCCCCGCCGCUGCCCCCGCUGGCCGGCGUCCUCCCGCGCGCCGCGCAGCCUCGGUGAAGCGCCCACCCGCCUCCCUGGGGCUCCGCGUGCGCCCCUUCCGCCUGCCCUUCGCGGGGCGCGGGGUUUCAACGCCCCUUCCCCGGGGCCCCCUGGCCGGCCCUCCCUGGACUCCCAGCCAGUGUCCCCCGAAGGGCCCUGUGCCAAGACUACUGAGGCCCGGACCCGGACUGAGUCUCCCCAACACCCCCCCCGCGGGCUCCGUCCCCGCCACGCGGUCAAGGAGCCACUCCCACCCGCCGGUGUACAUACCCCCCCCCCACGGCUCCCCAAGGCGCCCCGCCCUGCACCUUCCUGGGAGGAGGUGGGGGGCGACCCCGACGCUGCACUCUUUCCCGCUCCCCCUUCAUGCUGCAGCUGUACACCCGGCCCUCCCCCCGCACCCCCACAGGCGGAGGGGAGUGUGGAGCCCUCCUCCUGGGCCGCAGCAGAGCUGUACAUAAGGUGUGCAAAGUGUAUAUGAAGUUAUUUAUUCGUGACCCAUGAGCCCGUGACCGUGUCCGUGAAUCAGUGAGUCUGUGGCCUGUGCCCUCUUCCCUCCCAGGUGAGGCAGGAAGGGGUCGGGCUUGUCCACCACCCCGACCCCCAGCCUCCUGUCCUGCGGCAGGCAGGCCCCCCGGGUUCUCUCUCUUUUUUAAAUGUCGAAAUAAACUUCUUACAAAUGAC